CAGCAGUAGCAGCAGCAGUAGCAGCAGGAUGGAAGGGGACCGGCUGGAACCCGCCGUUACCAUUAAGAACAUUGAACGAGAGCUCAUCUGCCCAGCAUGCAAGGAGUUAUUUACCCAUCCACUUAUUCUUCCUUGCCAGCACAGUAUCUGCCACAAAUGUGUAAAAGAAAUUAUGUACUUCACGCUUGAAGAUUCAUUCAAUGAUGCUGCCUCAGAGACUUCCAGUCAAAGUAGCCCUCGUAACCGAAUGCAUUCCCCUAGCUUGGAUAGACUUGACAGGGUUAAUAGAUCAGGUUGGAAACGCAAUUCUUUGACUCCUAGACCAACUGUCUUCCCUUGUCCUGGAUGCCGGCAUGACAUAGACCUGGGAGAGCGUGGCAUCAAUGGCCUAUUUCGCAACUUCACCUUGGAAACUAUUGUAGAGCGAUACAGGCAGGCAGCAAGGGCAGCAACAGCCAUUAUGUGUGAUCUCUGUAAACCACCAGCACAGGAAUCCACAAAGAGCUGCAUGGAUUGCAGUGCCAGUUAUUGCAAUGAAUGCUUCAAAAUACAUCAUCCCUGGGGAACUGUAAAAGCCCAGCAUGAAUAUGUGGGGCCAACUACCAACUUCAGGCCUAAAAUUCUGAUGUGUCCGGAACAUGAAAUGGAGAAAGUAAACAUGUAUUGUGAAAUAUGCAGAAGACCUGUUUGUCAUCUUUGCAAAUUAGGUGGCACACAUGCAAACCACAGGGUGACUACCAUGAGCAGUGCCUAUAAGACACUCAAGGAUAAGCUUUCAGAGGACAUAGACUACCUCAUUAGUAAGGAGGCCCAGGUGAAAAGUCAGAUUACAGAACUUGGUCUUUUAAUGAAAGAAACAGAGUGCAAUAGUGAAAGAGCCAAGGAAGAAGCAUCUAACAAAUUUGACAAAUUGUUUGAUGUUUUGGAAGAGAGAAGAACAAGUGCACUCAGGGCUAUUGAAGCUUCUAAAAACCUAAGACUAGAGAAAUUGCUUUCUCAAAAAGAAGAAUAUCAGGGACUUCUAGAAAAUAAUGGGCUGGUGGGCUAUGCCCAAGAAGUUCUGAAAGAAACAGAUCAAUCUUGUUUUGUUCAAACAGCAAAACAGCUUCAUGACAGAAUCCAGAAAGCUACUGAAUCUUUGAAGAGCUUCAGACCUGCAGCCCAAACUUCUUUUGAGGACUAUGUUAUUGAUAUAGCAAAACAACAGGAGAUUAUUGGAGAUUUAUGUUUCCAUUCAAAUGGUGCCGAUAUACCAGAAAUCAAUGAGGAUCAGAGUAAAAUAUAUAACAAAGCUUUGAUCUGUUGGGAUCAUCCACAGAAAGCAGGUUCAGCUGAUACUUACAUUCUUGGCUAUCGUAAACUUAGUAGAGAAGAAUCUAACCCAGCAUGGCAAGAGACUGAAGUCUUCAGCAAAAGUGAAGUCAUCUCUGACCUUGACACAAAUAGCAGCUAUGCCUUCAGAGUGAGAGGAUAUAAAGGAUCUAUCUCUAGCCCUUGGAGCAAAGAAGUUACCUUGCACACACCACCAGCUCCAGUUUUUAGUUUUCUUUUUGAUGACAAAUGUGGCUACAACAGUGAACGUCUCGUGCUGAAUACAAGGAGAAAUGUUGUGGAAAGCAGGGCUGGAUUUGCUCUACUUUUGGGAGCUGAACGUAUCCAAACAGGCUGCUAUACUAGCUUAGACUACAUUGUUGGAGACACUGGUAUCAUGAAAGGGAAGCAUUUUUGGGCAUUCCGUGUGGAGCCCUAUUCAUACUUUGUAAAAGCAGGAGUUGCAUCCCAUGCUAAGAUCCAAGAAUGGUUCCAUAAUUCUCGUGAUCUGACCAGCCCAAGAUAUGAGCAAGACAGUGGUCAUGACAGUGGGAGUGAAGAUACCUUUGUUGAGUCCUUGCAGCCUUUUACACUGGUAACUUUAGGAAUGAAAAAGUUUUUUAUUCCUAAAGCAUCCCCUGCUUCAGCUGCUCCUAAAGAUUCUGGAAAUAGAAUUCUUCCCAUGCCAUCAUGCAUUGGAAUCUGCCUUGACUAUGACAAAGGCAAAGUUGGAUUCUAUGAUGCAGACCGGAUGAAGUGUCUUUAUGAGCGUCAGGUGGACUGUUCUGGUAAAAUGUAUCCAGCCUUUGCAUUGAUGGGGAGCUCAGGGAUUCACCUGGAAGAAACAAUUACAGCAAAAUACUUACAUUACCAAGAUGAAGACAUGUAAUGCCCGAAGUUCCAUCUUUAGCGUUGUGUCUUAAUUACAUCAUAUUUCAUAAGUGCUUCUGCUGCACCUCUGCCUCUGAGCCUGGUUAUUUUUUGGUUUUAGAAUUGCAGAGAAAGAUGUCCAAUACUACCAGCUGUCGAGUGCCUGGAAGAUCUUCAUGAAGUCACCCCUUGGACUGUCUUUUGUCAUGCAGUGACCAUGGAUACUCAGAUUAGUUCCAUUUUACUUAACACUUCUAGCAUUCACAUUCCAUUUUUAAGAAUACAAAUAGGCCCUGCACAAUUGUGAAUUUCAUGUCACUUAUAUAUUAUGUAUGCUCACUCCAGUAUUUUGACUUCAUUGACUGGUGAGGUGUCUUAGCAACUCUCUUUCCAUGUGAGCAAUGUUUCACAUUACCAUAGAACACUGGCAGUGUUUGGGAGAUGCAUAAUGGGUCACAGUAAGACAGUUUUAUUGUGACUUGUAUACAUUUUAAAAUGCUGUAGCAGUAUUGGUAAUUAACAGCCAGGUUCUUAUGCGUUUUUCAGUAUUUUAGGUUAUCUCCUAUAUACUGUAUUUAAUAUAUUUAAAUAAGUGCAAUUUCUCUUGAAACAUCAGAACUUGGUUUUGAAAACUCUCUCCUUAUAUAAUGGUUUUCUGGGCAGACAUGCAGCACAAAUUACUGUAUGUACAGGGUCUUUUUUUAAUUAAAGAAAAAUGUUUGUUGGUACAUUUUUUAAACUUCAUAAAGGUUUUUAGUGCACUUAGAAUAACUGCACUGAUAAUUACAUUUGAGACACUUUUGCCUUAAGGUGUCAAAAUCUGUUAUCUAAAGAGCAAUCCAUAUAAAAAUUCUGUAAAGCUCCAUGUAGUCAAUUUAGUAUGUGAGCCAUAUUGCUCUGAGAGAGGAGUUUGUGAAACAUUGUACAUCUGAGUACUUUUUUUUUUUUUGGUGGAAAUAAAUGUGUAGUAUGUUUUAGUGAAUACUGUUUCAAAACUAUUGAACAUGCAGUAGGUUUUUCAAGAUUCAACAACUAGUUAUUCUUGAUCACAAAGUAUAUCCCAAAGCAUUAAUUUUAGCUUGUGUUUAUUUAUGAGAUACUAAGCCAUAACUUAUUUAUUGUACAUUGAAUUGAUAAUUCUGCUUUUUAAAAUCCUAAAGCAUAAUUUAAUCAACAAGUGAAUUUGGAAUUUUAGGCUGUCUUCAUACACUCUUGCUAUUUAAAUUAAAAAUGUGGUUAAUGCUGGGAGUUAGUAGGAUGCUUAGGAGAUAGUAAGUAAAAAAAGGGUGCUUGCUCUUCAGUUUAAGGGACCAUGGAAAAGUCUGUCCAUCUGACAAUACAGAGGUUCUAGCUUUUUACCAAAAUGGAAAUAUCUCUACUAUCUAGAAGAGGUUUUUGUUUGUUAUUCGUCCCUCCCUCCCUCCCUCCUUCCCUCCCUCCUUCCAGAAAGAGCCCAUUUCUACCUAAAAGAGCACUUUAUGUACAGACUAAGCUAAAACUUGUGUGGAUCAUUCACAAUAUAGCUGCUAUAACUAACAAACCUGUUAGUGACUGCCAUGUGAUCUGCAAUGCUCUAUACAGGUGUGUAUCAUGUAGACAAUUUUCAGAAAGGAAUAUUGAAGCUUUAAUGCAAACCAUAAGGCCUUGUUUAAAAUAUUGUGAGGUGGAAAUAUAACUUUCAAGUUUUUUUCUAAUAAAAUUUGACAAAUAAAA